AUGAACCUUCUCUGCAAAUUGGCAAACUACUUUCCUUUCUCUUUCACAGGAUCAGCGAACCAAAUGGCUUUGAGCCAGAAUAGCGUUUCCUCCAGCGACUUUCAGGGCAUCCUUAGAUAUGGCCUCCUUAGAACAUACCCUGGAAAUCAAGGGGUGGGGAUUCCUAAGGUAUGUCGAUGCGGAGAAGACGUUGCUCAUUACACCACCCAUGAUGGAAAAAAAUUCUUCGGGUGCACCGGAAACACCAUGGAUGGCCAACAACACCUCAACGCGUGGUGGGAGGAAGCAAUUACGGAACAGCUCGAUGAGGUAUAUGAUGAGCUCGAUGACAUGAACACGCAACUUUUUCACAUCGCGAUGGACUGA